AGGAGUUCAUUCAAUCGUAUUUAUUGAGCGCUUACUGUGUGCAGAACACUGUACUAAGCGGUUAAUUGGGAGGACGCGCCUGCGCGUAGAGUAAUUAGGGAGGACGCGCCUGCGCGUACAGGAGUAAUGGGGAGGACGCGCCUGCGCGUAGAGGAGUAAUGGCGGGGGAGGACGCGCCUGCGCGUAGAGGAGUAAUCGGGGGAGGACGCGCCUGCGCGUAGAGGAGUUCAUUCAAUCGUAUUUAUUGAGCGCUUACUGUGUGCAGAGCACUGUACUAAGAGCUUAAUUGGGAGGACGCGCCUGCGCGUAGAGGAGUAAUUAGGGAGGACGCCCCUGCGCGUAGAGGAGUAAUGUGGGGGGGAGGACGCGCCUGCGCGUAGAGGAGUAAUCGGGGGAGGACGCGCCUGCGCGUAGAGGAGUUCAUUCAAUCGUAUUUAUUUAUUGAGCGCUUACUGUGUGCAGAGCACCGUGCUAAGCGCUUAAUUGGGAGGACGCGCCUGCGCAUAGAGGAGUACUAGGGGAAGACGCGCCUGCGCUUCGAGUAACCGAGGCGGACGCGCCUGCGCGAGGAGGAGUAACCGAGGCGGACGCGCCUGCGCGAAGAGGAGUAACGGGGGAAGCGGCCCGGGCCAAAGAGCCGCUGUCCGGAGGCGAGGCCGGUGCGCCUGCGCGUAGCAGCUCCUCAGUGAUUUCCGUCGUGUGAGGAGGGCGGCGGGGCCCGGGGGUGCCCGUUCGCCGACGGCGCUGUUCCCGGUUGUUUCCCCCGCCCCCGCCCUGACCCUGGCGAAGCGUCGGUCAGGCUCCGGUUCCCAGCGGGCUGGGGGGGACCCCAAGGGCCGCCGCGCGCGGGCGGGGGGGCGCGCGGGCGGCGGGGAGCCACCGCACCACCACCGCCGCACGGAGUAGUACAAAAUGUCAAAAAUUAGAAGGAAGGUCACAGUGGAAAAUACCAAGACCAUAUCUGAUAGCACAUCACGAAGACCCAGUGUUUUUGAAAGGCUUGGACCCAGCACUGGCAGUACUGCAGAGACUCAGUGCCGUAACUGGCUGAAGACGGGCAACUGCCUCUAUGGGAACACAUGUAGAUUCGUACAUGGCCCUUCACCCCGAGGUAAAGGCUAUAGCAGCAGUUAUAGAAGGUCGCCAGAAAGGCCUACUGGAGAUCUUAGGGAAAGAAUGAAGAACAAGCGCCAAGACGUGGAAGCAGAGCCCCAGAAACGAAAUACAGAGGAUUCUUCCUCUCCAGUUAGGAAAGAAUCUUCAAGGGGAAGACACAGGGAAAAGGAAGACAUAAAAAUUACCAAAGAGAGAACUCCAGAGAGUGAAGAGGAAAAUGCAGAAUGGGAAACUGCUAGAGAUGAUUCUGACAAUGGAGAAAUUAACUAUGAUUAUGUCCAUGAGUUGUCCCUGGAAAUGAAACGCCAGAAGAUUCAGAGAGAAUUAAUGAAACUAGAACAAGAGAAUAUGGAGAAAAGGGAAGAAAUAGUAAUUAAGAAGGAGAUUUCUCCAGAAGUGGUUAGAUCAAAGCUGUCUCCAUCACCUCCACCAAGAAAAUCUAGUAAAUCCCCAAAACGAAAAUCAAGCCCCAAGUCAUCCUCAGCAAGCAAGAAGGAUAAGAAGACACCCGCUGUGUCUUCUCCCCUCGUGGAUCAGCAGAGGAGUUCGAAAAGCACACAGGGUAAGAAGAAAGGACCCCGUACCCCUAGUCCACCACCUCCUGUACAGGAAGAUACACCCCAGGGGAAAAAACACAAAGAAAAGCAUAAAGCAAAAGAACGAGUAGAAGAAAAACUGAGAGAAGGGAAAGAAAGAGGGCGUGAAUUUGAAAGACACAAGGAAAAGAAAGAAAAGCAGAGAGAUCCUUCAGAAGGUUCCCAUAGACAAAAGCGCACCCCCAGUCCAGCAGAUAAUUCUGGCAGUAAUUCCUCCCCUUCCAGGGAAUACUCACCCCCUGCUGCAAGGCGAAGACAAGCUUCUCGGGCUCCAGCCAAGUCAUCAACUCAAAAGCAUUCUUUCUCUCCAUCUCACAGGUCGGCUUCCCCACCAGGACAGCAUCAUUCUCCCAUAUCCUCUAGGCAUCACUCAUCUUCUUCACAGUCUGGGUCAUCUGUCCAAAGACAUUCCCCUUCUCCCCGUCGUAAAAGAACUCCAUCCCCAUCUUAUCAGAGAACAGCAUCUCCCCCUGUAAGACGCUCCUCUUCUCCUUAUCCCCCACGAUCCUCGUCUUCCCCUCAAAGAAAGCGGAGUCCUUCAAGACAUCGCUCUCCAGGACGAGAGAAAGGAAGACAUGAUCGGGAAUGUACCUCACAGUCUCAUGAUCGGCGUCAUGAAAGGAGGGAAGAGACCAGAGGAAAAAGGGAUAGAGAGAAGGACACUAGGGAGGAGCGAGAUUAUGAUCAGGACCAGAACUCCUCUAGAGAUCAUAGGGAUGACAGAGAAUCCCGAGACGGCAGAGAUCGGAGAGAGGCCAGGGAUAAUAGAGACCGCAGGGAGCCGAGAGAAUCCAGAGACACCCGGGACUCCAGGGACACAAGAGAUUACAGCAGAGAUAACAAGGACAGCCGUGAUCAGAGGGAUUCACGUUCCACCCGAGAUACCCAUGACUACAGGGACCGAGAGAGUCGAGAUACCCAUCGGAAGGAAGACGCUUACCAGGAAGAGCCCCGCAGCUAUGGACGAAACCACGGGCGAGAAGAGAGCUCCCGCACGGAUACACGGAAUGAUUCCAGAAAUGAAUCUCGAAAUGAAACGAGGAGCGAUCGCACAGGCAGAAGCAGAGGCAGAGGUCCAGACUUGCCAGAAAAAGGAAGUCGUGGUACAAGAGGGACUCAAGUCGAUAGCCACAGUAGCAGUGGCAAUUACCACGAUAGCUGGGAAUCACGAAGUGGAUAUCCUGAGCGAGACCGUUACGACAGCCGAGAACAAGCCAGGGAUUCCUCCUUUGAAAGAAGACAUGGAGAGAGAGACCGUCGUGACAACAGAGAGAGAGACCAAAGACCAAGUUCACCAGGACGACAUCAGGGAAGGAGUGACGACCUUGAACGAGAUGAAAGGAGAGAGGACCGCAGGGUGGAGCGAGCUGAUGAUAGAAGAGAUGACCGAGCCAGGGAGAGAGAGCGGGAGCGGGAACGAGACCGGGAAAGGGAGAGAGAAAGGGAAAGGGAGCGGGACAGGGAGAGAGAAAAGGAAAGAGAAUUAGAACGGGAUCGUGCAAGGGAAAGGGAACGGGAAAGAGAAAGGGAAAAAGACCGAGAGCGUGAUCGGGACAGAGACCGGGACCACGAUAGAGAUAGGGAGAGAGAAAGAGAGAGGGAAAGGGAGAAGGAGCGAGAGCGAGAAAGGGAAGAGCGAGAGCGAGAGAGGGAACGGGAGAGGGAGAGGGAGAGAGAACGGGAACGUGGGCGAGACCGGGAAAAAGAGAGAGACCGUCAACGGGAUUGGGAGGACAAAGACAAAGGAAGAGAAGACCGCAGGGAAAAGAGAGAAGAUACCAGAGAAGAUCGGAAUCCAAGAGAUGUACAUGAUGAGAGAAAAUCAAAGAAGCGUCACAGAAACGAAAGUAGCCCAAGCCCUCGUCAAUCACCCAAGCGCCGCCGCGACCACUCUCCUGAUAGUGAUGCCUACAAUAGUGGAGAGGAUAAAAAUGAAAAGCACAGACUACUAAGCCAAGUUGUUCGACCCCAGGAAUCUCGCUCCAUCAGCCCAUCCCAUCUAGCGGAAGACAGGCAGAGUCGCUGGAAAGAGGAAGAAAGGAAACCAGAACGAAAAGAGAGCUCUAGGCGCUAUGAAGAACAAGAGCUCAAAGAGAGAGUGUCUUCUGGAGAUAAACCGAGAGAGCAAAGAGAGCAACCAGAGAUAACAGAAAGCUCAAGGUCACGGGGGCAAGGGCAAGAAAACAUAGGCCACCACCAGCCUGAAGAACGAGACACAGCUGAUCGGACUCACGAGGAAAACAAAAAGAAAUCAAAAGUGCUGAAAAAAGCCACUAAGAAAAAGAAAGAGGAUGAUGUAGGGGUAGAGAGAUAUACCGCUGAGCCAGUAGCGGAAGAAAGCCCGGUGUUUUCCCCCAAGAAAGGGCAAAAAAGGAAGAACGUUGAGAAGAAACGUAAAAGAUCCAAGGGGGAUUCCGAUAUUUCCGAUGAAGAAGUGGUCCAGCACAAUAAGAAGAAAAAGGGUCCAAGAACUCCGCCAGUCACAACGAAGGAGGAGGCGGCGGAGGCGGCAAAUGAAAAGAGUGCGGCGGCUGAGGCGCCCCCGAAGCGAGAGGACACAACAUUUAGUGACUGGUCUGAUGAGGAUGUCCCCGAACGGGGAGAGGUGAUGGUGCCAGAGCGGAGCAUUGAGGAGCCGCCCCGAAAAUGCCACAGGCCCAGAGCGGAGAAGAUUGACGCCCCCCACGUUACGAUAGAGGACGCCCCUCACCGCAAGCCCGUUGAUCAGAAGCGCAGCAGCAGCUUGGGGAGCAACCGGAGCAAUCGGAGUCAUACAUCCAGCCGCCUGCGCUCGCCCUCCAACGAUUCCGCUCAUCGCAGCGGAGAUGACCAGACUGGCCGAAAGAGAAUCCUCCACAGUAACUCCAGGGACAGAGACAAAACCAAAAGCUUAGAAAUCACGGGUGAGAGGAAGUCCCGGAUCGAUCAGCUGAAGCGUGGGGAGCCCAGUCGCAGCACAUCUUCAGAUCGCCAAGACUCAAGGAGCCAUAGUUCAAGAAGAAGCUCACCCGAGUCGGAUCGUCAGGUCCACUCGAGAUCUGGGUCCUUCGAUAGCCGAGAGAGGCUCCAGGAACGAGAUCGACACGAACAUGAGCGAGAGCGGCGAGAUGGAAGACAGCGGGAAUGGGACCGUGACGCUGAUAAAGACUGGCCAAGGGCUAGAGAUCGAGAGAGACUCCGAGAACGGGAGAGAGAGCGAGAAAAAAGGCGAGAACUGGACAGGGAAAGAGAGAGACAGAUGAUGGCCGACUCUACUGAAAGAGACAGAGAUCGGACACUCGAUCUGUCCUCCCAACUUGAGUCUUCAAAGCGCGGGGAAACCAAACUGGAGGGUGAGCAUGAGAAGGACUUUGAUGGAGUUUGCCGAGACUCUGCGGCUUUGGAGAAAGAAAGGCUAGAAAAAGACUUGGGACCUUCCCGGGGAUUUGAAGUUAUAAAUGAAACUGAGAAAACUGAGAGUCUGGAAGCAGGGGAGGAUGAAACCAAGUUAGAUGAUGCACAGUCCUUAGGAUCUGGUGCUGGAGAAGGAUACGAACCAAUCAGUGAUGAUGAGCUGGAUGAAAUACUGGCUGGUGAUGCUGAAAAGAGAGAGGAUCAACAGGAUGAUGAGAAGAUGCCAGAUCCUUUGGAUGUAAUAGAUGUGGACUGGUCUGGGCUUAUGCCAAAGCAUCCAAAAGAACCGCGGGAGCCGGGAGCAGCCCUCUUAAAGUUCACUCCUGGAGCCAUCAUGCUACGAGUUGGCAUUUCUAAAAGACUGGCAGGUCCGGAACUUUUCACAAAAGUUAAAGAAACUUGUCAACGACUUCUGGAAAAACCUAAAGAUACAGAAAAUCUUUUUGAGCAUGACCUGGGAGCCCUCAACAUGGCUGCUCUUCUGCGGAAAGAGGAGAGAGCAGGCCUUCUUAGUAACCUUGGCCCGUGUUGUAAGGCACUGUGCUUUAGGCGUGAUUCUGCAAUCCGCAAGCAGUUGGUGAAGAAUGAAAAGGGCACCGUAAAACAAACAUACACAAAUGCUCCAGUUGUGGACAACGAACUGUUAAGGUUAAGUCUACGAUUAUUCAAACGCAAGACUGCUUGCCACGGCCCUGGACAAGAAAAGACUGAGGACAGUAAACUUUCCCAGCCCAGUAUCCAACAGGAAGUGUGUGUGUCAUGAGACUCAAGUUCACCGUGAAUCUCUUAAUAAAGAGGACGUUCUGGCGGAAAGCCAUUAUUUGGCUGGGCAAAUGUAAGAGACAAAGGAUGAGAGACUUCAGUAGUUUGGGGUUGGGGGAGAAAACUUGCAUUCAAAAUGCAGGCACUUGGUUUUUACUUGGAUUUUACAUAGUAUUUGAUGCACAGUGUAAUAAUGUGAAGACAUCCAGAUUUAAUCUAUUAAAGCUUUAGUUACUAAACUGAAGAAAAA